AUGUGGCUGUUGUACCGCUCUGCUCGCCACGAGGGCGGACCAGCUACAAAAGGCAUGAGGGAUACUCCGUUUUUCGCCACGGCACGACAGCACUUUCUUCAGCACGGGUACGCCAUUUUUCCUGCGGCGGUGGGGACCUCCAUUGUUGAGCGGCUUCGACCCGCACUGACUGCGUCCACCGUGGCCCGCGCCCGUUAUUUACUCGAGGUCCCCGAUAUUGAGUCGAUGCUCAAGUCCAAGGCAAAACUCUCGGAUCCGCUCUACACAAAAGUAAUGGCACGGUUGCAGCGGCGAAAGUACAUGAUGCGUCUGUACCGCGCGGAAAAGCGGCGACGGAAACUUCUAACGGAGGUCGCCGCAAAGUUUUUGAAUGGUCGAAAGAAGGAAGAUCUUACAGGUGAAGAACUGUGGAAAUUAAGCGAGAUACUGGCAAAGGAGGUUGUCAAGAUUUCGGGUAAGGGGUGCCAGUCGACUAUCUACAACGACCCCCAGAUGCUGAGGGCCAUCAACGAGUACCGCUGUAACGUCUGGAUGACGAAUAAGGAACUAGAAAGCAUUGUGCGAGACGCUUCCUUUUGGGAACCUAUCGGCAACAUUGCCACUGAGGUUGGCGGCGUUGAGCGUCCCGUCUUGUUUUCGGAUGCUCCCAUGUUUCGAGAGCCAUACGGAGGCCCCUUUGGGUAUCACUGCACUGCCCCAUCGAUUGGUGUGAGGUUGAGCGGCAAACAGCCGCUUGCUGUUUCCUUGCUUGUCUUUACGCACCGCCCCGACAGGCAGACGAUGCCUAUGUUUCUCUUGAGGGGGUCCCAUCGUUUUGUACAGGAGCAGUAUUUGACGCAGGUUUCACCGGGUGAUCUGUCGCUCCCAUUUUUGCCGAUGGAGUCGCACAUUCCAGAGCAGCUUCAGCGGUUUAGGUUUGACAGCAGUGUUGUGGGGGGUCCCGUCGAGGGCGGCGACGCAAUUGGCCCCGGCACGGUUGUGUUGUUUAGCCCGCACCUCAUGAUUGGCAUGGAUGCGAAUGCCUCCACGGAGCGCGUGGUGGUGUAUAAGUUGAAUUUGGUCGCCGAAAACGCGCCGCCCUUUUUAAAAUCACCCUCUUGGAUCACUGCGUGGCGUUCCUUUCCGCGUGAGGUAAAUUUUGCGUCCCCGGUGGUUUUCCCGCCAUUCUACGACAAGACGAUGACGAAUACCAGCGCACGACGAAGUGCCUCUUCGGCUGCGCGCUGA